AAAGUUAGUCCAGUUGAAGUUGCAGCAUUGUAGGGACACAGAGGCGUCCAGUGGCAGCCGGUGGCAGAGCCAUGGCGGGCGAGGAAGAGCGCGGGGAUGGGGACCCAGUAUCAGUGGUAACUGUGAGAGUGCAGUACCUGGAAGACACCGACCCUUUCGCUUGUGCCAACUUCCCGGAACCACGCCGGGCCCCCACCUGCAGCUUGGACGGGGCUCUGCCCCUGAGUGCGCAGAUCCCUGCUCUGCACCGACUCCUGGGGGCGCCUCUUAAGCUGGAGGACUGUGCACUGCAAGUGUCUCCCUCUGGAUACUACCUGGACCCGGAGCUGUCCCUGGAAGAACAGCGGGAGAUGCUGGAGAGCUUCUUUGAAGAGAUCAGCAAAGGGCGGAAGCCUACGUUGAUCCUGCGGACCCAGCUCUCUGUGAGGGUCAAUGCUAUCUUGGAAAAGCUGUACGGCUCCAGUGGUCCUGAGCUCCGCCGAUCUCUCUUCUCGUUGAAGCAGAUAUUCCAGGAAGACAAGGACCUGGUGCCUGAAUUUGUGCACUCAGAGGGGCUGAGUUGCCUGAUUCGUGUGGGUGCUGCAGCUGACCACAACUACCAGAGCUACAUCCUUCGAGCCCUGGGCCAGCUGAUGCUUUUUGUGGAUGGGAUGCUGGGGGUGGUGGCCCACAGUGAGACCGUGCAGUGGCUGUAUACACUGUGUGCUAGCCUGUCCCGCUUGGUGGUAAAGACAGCCCUGAAGCUGCUGCUGGUAUUUGUGGAGUAUUCUGAGAACAACGCGCCGCUGUUCAUCCAGGCAGUCAACACUGUAGCCAGCACCACCGGUACUCUUCCCUGGGCCAACUUGGUGUCCAUCCUGGAGGAGAAGAAUGGAGCUGAUCCAGAGCUGUUGGUGUACACUGUCACUCUCAUUAACAAGACGCUGGCGGCACUUCCGGACCAGGACUCCUUCUAUGAUGUGACGGAUGCUCUGGAGCAGCAGGGCAUGGAAGCACUGGUCCAACGUUUCUUGGGCACUGCUGGCACUGAUGUUGACCUGCGAACACAGCUAACGCUCUAUGAGAGCGCCCUUCGGUUAGAGGAUGGAGAUAUGGAAGAGGCUGCGGCUGCUGCAGCUGCAGGUGGCCGACGAGAGCGGCGGAAGCCAUCUUCAGAGGAGGGCAAAAGGAGCCGAAGAUCACUAGAAGGCGGAGGCGGUCCUGUGCGUGCCCCAGAACCUGGUUCUACAGGCUCUGCAUCACCAGUAGGCUCCACCUCCUUCCCUGGCUCUACCCUGCCUACAAGUCCGUCCUUCAGCCCCACUGGCCCAGCCUCUGGCCUUCGUUCCUCAGUGAACCUCUUUCCUACCAUUUCCGUGGGGCCCUCAGUGGACAGUUCCUGUGAGAGAAGUGUCUACAAAGCCCGGUUCCUGGAGAAUGUGGCUGCAGCGGAGACAGAGAAGCAGGCUGCUCUGGCCCAAGGCAGAGCAGAGACAUUGGCUGGGGCCACGGUGGAUGAGACGGAUGUAUCAGGCCCCAGGGAACUGUGGGACUCCCCAGAACCAGCCUCUGCACCCAGGACACCUCAGAGCCCAGUUCCCCGAAUCUUGCUGCGGACCCAACGGAGUCUUGAGCCAGAGCCUAAGGUGCCAGUGUCACCACCAAGCCCUAAGGCUGAGCCUAUCCAGGAGCUUCCUACCCGUGUACCCAAGCUCUGCAUUGGGGACUUGGACUUCUCAGAUCUAGGGGAGGAUGAAGACCAGGACACAUUGAAUAUGGAAUCUGUGGAAGCUGCAAAAGCAUCUCUGUUCCUGUCACCUCCAUCGUCCUCACUCUCUGGGGGUCCCCCUCCUCCGCCCCCUCCUCCCCCACCCAUUACAGGCUCCUGCCCACCACCUCCACCCCCACCUCCUCCACUGGUCACAGGCUCCUGCCCACCCCCUCCCCCACCCCCUCCCCCACCUGUCUCAGGCUCCUGCCCACCACCUCCGCCCCUGGCUGCUGCUUUUUCCCACUCAGCACUUGAUGGCCCAAGGCAACCCACCAAAAGGAAGACAGUAAAACUUUUCUGGCGGGAACUGAAGCUGACUGGUGGCCCUGGGUGCUCUAGAAGCCGCUUUGGGCCUUGUCCUACCCUGUGGGCCUCUCUGGAACCUGUCUCGGUGGACACAGCCCGGCUGGAACACCUAUUUGAGUCCAGAGCCAAGGAUGUGCUACCCACCAAGAAAGCUGGUGAGGGCCGGCGGACAAUGACCAUAGUGCUGGACCCCAAGCGCAGCAAUGCCAUCAACAUUGGCCUAACCACUCUGCCGCCUGUGCACGUCAUCAAGGCUGCCCUGCUCAACUUCGAUGAAUUUGCUGUCAGCAAGGAUGGCAUUGAGAAACUGCUGACCAUGAUGCCCACGGAGGAAGAGCGGCAGAAGAUCGAGGAAGCCCAGCUGGCCAACCCCGAUGUACCCCUUGGCCCAGCUGAGAAUUUCCUGAUGACUCUUGCUUCCAUUGGAGGCCUUGCUGCACGCCUGCAACUCUGGGCAUUCAAGCUGGACUAUGAAAGCAUGGAGCGGGAAAUUGCAGAGCCACUGUUUGAUCUGAAGGUGGGCAUGGAGCAGCUGGUGCACAACGCCACCUUCAGAUGCAUCCUAGCCACCCUUCUGGCUGUGGGCAACUUCCUCAACGGCUCCCAGAGCAGUGGCUUUGAGCUGAGCUACCUGGAGAAGGUGUCUGAAGUGAAGGACACAGUGCGCCGGCAGUCGCUGCUGUAUCAUCUCUGCUCCCUGGUGCUCCAGACCCGACCUGAUUCCUCUGACCUCUACUCAGAAAUCCCUGCCCUCACCCGCUGUGCCAAGGUGGACUUUGAGCAGCUGACUGAGAACCUAGGGCAGCUGGAGUGCCGGAGCCGGGCUGCUGAGGACAGCCUCCGGAGCUUGGCAAAGCAUGAGCUAGCCCCAGCUCUGCGUGCCCGCCUCACCCACUUCCUGGCCCAGUGUACCCGCCGGGUGGCCAUGCUAAGAGUAGUGCACCGUCGAGUCUGCAACAGGUUCCAUGCCUUCCUGCUCUACCUCGGCUACACCGCACAGGCAGCUCGGGAUGUACGCAUCAUGCAGUUCUGUCACACGCUGAGAGAGUUUGCCCUUGAGUAUCGGACUUGUCGGGAACGCGUACUGCAGCAGCAGCAAAAGCGGGCUACAUACCGUGAGCGCAACAAGACUCGGGGGCGCAUGAUUACUGAGACAGAGAAGUUCUCAGGUGUGGCCGGGGAGACCCCCAGUAACCUGUCUGUCCCAGUAGCUGUGGGCAGCGGGCCUGGUCGGGGUGAUGCUGACAGUCAUGCCAGUAUGAAGAGUCUGCUUACCACCAGGCCGGAAGACACCACACACAGCCGACGCAGCAGAGGUAUGGUCCAGAGCAAUUCCCCUGUCUCACACACAGCAGUGGGGCCCUCCACUGCAUCCCCUGAGGAGACUGCAGCCUCCAGCUUACCCAGUGACACAUCAGAUGAGAUAAUGGACCUGCUGGUGCAGUCAGUUACCAAGAGCAGUCCUAGAGCCUUAGCUGCUCGGGAGAGGAAGCGCUCUCGUGGCAACCGGAAGUCCUUGAGACGAACGUUGAAGAGUGGACUUGGAGAUGACCUGGUGCAGGCACUGGGACUAAGCAAAGCUCCUGGCUUAGAGGUGUGAGAAUGCUACCACACCUGGAUACAGCGACAGCACAAGAGACUGAGCAGAGAGGGCCUGGAGCAGAAACCUGGUUUCAGAAGCUUGCACCCAGAAACCAGUAUUGUGAACAGUAUUAGGUGUGUGUGUGUGUGUGUGUAUGUGUGUGUGUGUUUGCACACAUACAUGUACGUGUAUUUUGCAUGUGUGAGUUCCCUAUUUGGAACAAAAUAAAGUUUACCUAGCU